AUGCAAUACAAGUGUCAUGCAUGUAUAUAACAUUAUUUAGCAUUAGUUCUCAUUGUUUAUGAUUCACUUGUGCAGUACAAGUGCGCACAGGGCCAGCAAACUUGCAUUGAUGCACUUGUGAUUCAUCCAUGCUUGAAAUAUCUCCCAAGGUUCCGUGCCAAAUGUCUGACGCACAAACUGAACCCUUAUUUCUUCAGUGGGAUCUCUAUCUUGCGGGAAGGCUUGGAGGAUUUUAAGAGGGAUCAAAUUAUGUCUGCACUAUUUUAUUCUGCUGAAUGCUUCGUGAUGGAUCUGGAAGCCUUACAACUCCUGGAACUGCAACAUAUGAAGAACAUGUUUUCCGCUAAAUGGCUGUCAUAAAAAUGGUUACAUGUCGGGACCUUUUUUCAUUGUUCUGAAGUACAUGCACUUUGCUGAGGUUGAAGAGCACAUAGUGAACCAGAAUAGAGAAUUUAACAUUUCUCAAAAUGGGGAACUAUUUUGUACAGCACCAUUGUUCCAGAGUACUCAUGCAUAUACGGGUACCAUAUACAUGAGUUCUAUAGCUGAUGAGUGGAGAAAACAUUAACUUUUACCUGCAAAGAACCAACAGAUCAGCCCUUCCAUUUAUUCUCAAUGCUCUUGCUGCUCUAAGGUAAAAGAUUUCUUACAAGUGCCAAAAAACCACUAAAUGGUACGGAUUUCAAACCUUUUUGUUUUCAGCGUUUUUUCUGGAAUUCUAAAAUCUAUCGUACAUGAUUUUGACUAAAAUCUGUAUACAACUGAAGGUGUUGGGUGAUGCAAUAAUAUACUGAAAGUAAACACAUGGAGUGAAGAGAAAUUGGGAACAAGAUCCCUGUGCGCCUAAAGAUUGCUCCUCAAUCGCAUGGUCUUGAUAGCAUCCAUGUAGGUUAUGAUCCUCUUAGCUAGGAUGAUUAUCAAGGGCGCAAAGUUUUUCCUGAGUGCUAAUUACAUUGAAUAUGAAGGACUUAUCCACAAGGCUCAAGCAGAUUGACAGGGUAGAUAUGUUCUCUUAUAUCUCAUCUUACAAGGUCAAGUUUAAAUGUAUCUCAAGAAAACAAACUGAGAAGA